AAGAAAAGUCUGAUACAAAUGCAACAUGAAUCAAACAACAUGCAUACCAAUAAGACAGGUCAUGUAUUCAACAGCAAUGACGAUUUUAAAUAGCUUCAUAAUAAUAAGCAGUCAUCUGUAUAUGAAGGGCUCUGCUGCGACUGCGAGGGCAGCAACAGCGCCUCCCUAGAGCAUGCGAUGUCCGAAAAGCGCAACGACACAUUGUAGUCGAAAUACCCCAGCUCGAGGGGGCCCCCCUUUCCCAUGCAUUAGCGCGACAGCGUCAAGUGCAAGUGAAAAGUGAAAAAUUAAAAUGAAGCGAAAUUAUCUCUCCGGCAAUCAAAAAAAGAAGAAGAAAAGGGAAGAGGAGCAGAAAAGAAAACAAGACACCGGUAAGUAGAAUAUACACAAUCAACAUGAAAAUUGUGCCAGGCAGGGUAUACCAUAUUUUGCUAGAGUAGCGAGGUUGUAACGACGACUAGCUAGGAACCAGUGGUUUGGCAUGCUAGCAUGCUAACCAAACUUAAACUGCUACCUUUGACUUCACUAUAAGUUCAUAACGUUAUCAGCUGGCCAAAUUGAUCAACGAUUAAUUCCUCUUAAUAUCCUAAAUAAACUUCACAUAUGUUUUCAGUCGUUAGAGCCUUGAGACAACCAGUGAAAUAGUUAUUCCUGUAGUAGCUAGCUAUUUAAUAGGAGAUUAACAUGGGAGUUUACAAUAAUUUUGCUAGAAUACCAUUGGGUUGAUUUACUUACUUUAUUUACAUUUUAACGGUUAACAUCCCGGCGCAGAUCAGCCACAUGAAGAAAACAGCCACUUUAGUGUCAAUUAAUCCUUUUCUAAACCUAUUCUGCUGUUUGUUGUUGUUGGUCUCCAUGAUAGCUGUAAAUACCACUGGACCACCGUUAAAAACUGUACCGAUAGCUUUGAGCUUUUUCUAUGGGACACAGACAGUACACAGACACACACAGACACACCACGGGUGCGGGGAUGGCGCUGUUGCCACUCACAGAAUUGAUUUCAGGAAAACAGCUCGUCUUAGUGACUGUAUUUCUGUUUUCAAACCAGUGAAAACGGGAUUAUUGUAAGAUUUUAUUAUUAUUAUUUUUUUUACUUUUUUUUGGUGAAGCAGUGCUUCACCUGUAGUCGUAUAGAAACCGCCACUAAACCGCCUAGUAGGAACUGUGUGUAAUGCUUUUAAUAUCUAUUUCACCACAAUUAUCAGACUGUAAAAUGAUAGGAUUUCAAAAGCAUUUGAAAAAUAACCAAGCUAAUCAUACAGUACUUAUUCUUUCUCCAAGGGGCAUUGCUGAAAUUUCUUCAUCCCGCUCUACCAAGUGUUGUCUCUGGUGCUACUGAAGGGCCAUCAACAUCGUCUUCGUCACAUGUUUAUGAGGAGGAGCAAGUGGAAGACAACAUUGCGGCGUCCACACCACUUCCCAGCAGUGGUUCAACAGGAGCAGUGCCAUCAACUCCAUCACGACUUGAGGAGGAGCAAGUGGAAGCAUCCACACCACUUCCCAGCAGUGGUUCAACAGAAGUGCCAUCAACUCCAUCUCCACUUCAUGAGGAGGACAAAGAGGAAGAUGACAUUGACAUGGCAGAGACCACCCCACCAUCCAGAACUGGGGUACCUGUAGGUAUUGCAAGCACCACAUUAAGUGAUGACCCAGGAUGUUGGCCCAGUGUCCUAACAAGCAGUAUGCGCUGUGAAAUAGUCAAAAAAGGACCUGUGCAAAUCAUGGACAUUGAAUUCCCGCAAAACUUAGACAAUCCUCCUCGAAGAUUCACCAAGGACAGUUACAAAAGAACCAUGAAAAAUGGUGAGAAUAUACAUCGAUCGUGGCUGGUGUAUUCCAUCCACACAGAUGGAGUGUUCUGUUUCCCUUGUACUGUUUUCGGGAAGCGUGAGCGUGACAAUGCCUUAACGACCUGUGGCUACGGUGGAUGGAAGAACCUUUCCUAUCGCCUAAAAAAACACGAGUGCACAAAGGUGCACUGUGACAAUGUGAAAAAGUGGCACGACCUUCAGAGGAGACUGCAAACCAGUACACUGAUUGAUCAAAGACAGAUGGAGUUGAUGCAACUUGAAGUUGAACACUGGAAAGGCGUGAUUCGGAGAGUGAUUGCCAUAGUUUCCCAUCUGGCAGAACGCAACCAGGCUUUGAGAGGAACUACCAGUACCGUGUAUGAUCGCCACAAUGGGAAUUUUCUGGCUCAAGUGGAACUCCUAGCACAGUUUGAUCCGGUAAUGAAUGAACACAUCAGACGAAUACAAUGCAAAGAGACAAAGGUGCAUUACCUGAGUGGAGUCAUUCAGAACGAAAUCAUUCAGCUGGUCGGAGACAAAAUCCUACAGGAGAUUGCAAGAAGAGUGCACAAAGCAAAAUACUUCUCCGUGAUCAUGGAUUGCACUCCUGACAUCAGCCACAAGGAACAACUUUCUGUUGUUCUCAGGAUUGUCAACUGUGAAACACCUGUUUCUAUUGCUGAGCAUUUUUUGGGAUUUGUACAUGUUGAAGACACAACUGGUAAAGGGCUCAGUGAAAUCCUGCUUGACCAGUUGGAGAAGCACAACCUCAGCAUUUCAGAUUGCCGUGGGCAGUCAUACGACAAUGGCAGCAAUAUGAUGGGCCACAAACAGGGUGUGCAGGCAAGAAUUUUAGAGCUGAACAACAAGGCGCUAUGCAUCCCAUGCAGCAGUCACACACUAAAUCUGGUUGUGUCAGAUGCUGCCAAGUCUUCAGUGUUGUCCAUGUCUUUUUUUGGUAUGCUGCAACGACUGUACAACCUUUUCAGUUCCUCUGUGCACCGCUGGGCAAUUUUGAAGCAGCAUGUGAAGCAGCUCACCCUUAAGCCACUUUCAGGGACGAGAUGGGAGGCCCGAAUUGACAGUGUGAAGGUAGUGCGGUACCAUCUACCUGAAAUACUAGACGGACUGUCAGCACUGGAGACAUAUGCUACAGAGAAGGGGGACUCAGAGACCAUGUCCUCAGCAAAAAGCUUACAUGGUGAGCUUAAAACAUGGUCCUUUCUUCUGUGCACAAUAACCUGGUACAACGUUUUGUAUCAGGUUAACCAUAUGAGCAAGCUCCUCCAGAGCCCGGAUGUUUCAAUGCAAACACUGAAAAAAGAAACCGAGGGAGUGACAGAGUACCUAGAAGAUUUCAGGGAAAAUGGACUCGCAUCAAGCCAAACGGAUGCAAUGGAGAUUGCAGAAGAUCUGGAAAUUGAGAGGAAAUUGCCUGAGAAAAGGCAACGUAAAAAGAAAAGGCAGUUCCUUUACGAGAGUACAGAUGAAACCCAAUCGACCCCAGAAGAGGCCUUCAGAAGGGACUUCUUCCUGCCUUUGGUUGACACUGCCAUCACCAGCCUAAAAGACAGAUUUUCCAGACUGGAGGGGGUGUAUGCCCUGUACGACUUCCUGUUCAGCAUUGAUAUCAUGAGGGCCACAAUCAAGACUGGGAAAUUGCAUGAGAGAUGCAGGAAAGUGGAACAAACCCUCCAUGAUAUUGAUGCAGACGACUUGGCAUUGGAGAUCAACUCUGCUGUCCACACCUUUCCAGAUGAAGUAUCCAGGUGCCCAUUUAAAAUGCUGGACUACAUAUACAGUGAGAAGCUGUUGGACCUGUACAGCAAUUUAAGCAUUGCACUGCGCCUACUUCUGACCCUUCCUGUCUCGGUUGCCUCCGGAGAGAGGAGCUUUUCAUCUCUGAAGCGCAUAAAGAAUUACAUGAGGUCAACUAUGAGCCAAGAGAGGCUCUCUGGACUGGCACUCAUGUCAAUUGAGAGUGACGUCCGCAGGUCUUUGGACUUGGAGGGGAUUGUGUCUGCAUUUGCUGAGGCCAAGGGCCGCAAGCAGCAGUUUCAGUAGGAAAUAAAAAAAAUAAUAAAGGCUACUUUUCAGUGUAUGUUUGACCUCUUUUGUGAUUAAAACGCACAGAAUUGCGGAAAUUUUUUUUUUAAAGGCCCCCAACAACUUCUUUGCCUAGGGCCCCCAAAAUCCUAGAA